AUGACUGAUAAAAAAAUCCCAGUAUCGACACAAGCUAAUCUUUCUAUAAAGGAGAAACUUCUCAAGAAUAUUUUCAUCGCAGGAUUAAAUUCCAAAAAUCAGCUGGUAGCAGAAGAAUACGGAAAAUAUCUUCCAUUAGAAG